AUGGAAUAUUAUUCAGAAGAAAAGGACUAUAUUAUGCAUGAUAGCCGGAAAGAAGAUAACUAUAUUUGGGAAUCUAGUGUGAGGUUGGCUCUUGUGGGGAGGGAAGAGGAACUCGGGAUGUAUUUGGAGGAGCGAGAGGGUCGGAAGAGGAAGUGGCAGGGGGAGGGGAAGAUGAUGCGGAGGGAUGAGAGCGAGGAGAAGGAGCAGAGGAAGAUUCCACCGAAAAAAAUUAUGGCGUCAGCCUUGAGCGACAUGGGUGGCAGCGGCACCAGCUCCUCGUCAUCACACAUGUCACCCGGCUGGCAGGUCAACGACCUCGAUCUUGAUUUGCCUGGUGAACUGUCUAUGAACGAGGCGCUGCUGUCGCUGCCAUCGUUGGCCGUGUUCAAACAAGAGGCGCCGUCUCCGACUGGCAACGUGCUAUCUCCGCCACGUCGUGGCUGGCCGCCUCGAAGACCUGAUGAGAGACAGAUCAAUGCGGAAUAUACAGACUUACAACAGGGACGAGGGACUGACAGGGAAAUGAAGAAUAUGUGGGAGAUCACAAGUAUGGUCGUGGACAACAACCGCGACGCCAUGGAGGAGGGAAGCUGUCAGCAGUCCCCCACUCACAACGGGAACAUGAUGGUGCAGCACGGCAGUCCAGAAAGCAUGCAAUGCCAGCCAACGAUAGCAGCAGGCACUCUGAUGCCUAUGAACGGAUACCAUUCACCGAACGCACAGGAAAAUAAGAAUGCAGGACUGUUAAUGUGCUCGCCCGUGGGGUCCCUGGACGGGUUUCUGCACUCCCCCAUACAGACGCGCUCCGAGCCCAGCUUCAAAGAUGACACCAGAUUCCAGUACGUGUUAGCGGCAGCGACAUCUAUAGCCACGAAACAGAACGAGGAGACGCUCACCUACCUCAACCAGGGACAGCCAUAUGAGAUCAAGCUGAAGAAACUCGGAGAUCUCUCGCAUUAUAAGGGGAAGAUACUCAAGAGUGUGAUCAAGAUCUGCUUCCACGAGCGUCGUCUGCAGUACAUGGAGAGGGAGCAGAUAGCGCAGUGGCACAACGAGAGGCCCGGGGAGAGGAUCGUUGAGGUGGACGUCCCCCUGUCAUACGGCGUCAUCCGCGUGGAACAGCCGGCCUGUCUCAAUGCGUUACAUGUCUACUGGGACCCUACCAAAGAUGUCGGUGUUUAUAUCAAGGUGAACUGCAUAUCAACAGAGUUUACAGCGAAGAAGCACGGCGGAGAGAAGGGCGUGCCCUUCCGUAUCCAAGUGGAGACGUACCUUGCUACUGAUGAACAUACUCGACUGCAUGCUGCUGCCUGUCAGAUCAAGGUGUUCAAACUGAAAGGCGCGGACAGGAAACACAAACAGGAUCGUGAAAAAGUGAUGCGCAGACCGCGCACUGACUUGGAGAAGUACCAGCCCGGGUGUGAAGCUACUGUCCUUACUACGCUGUCAAACGAUGCAUUAAUGCCGCCGCCAUCAUUGGUCACAACAUCGCCGCCAUAUUCCCCCGAGCUGUGUGUGGCCCCAAAGACAGUCGCUAGCCCAAUAAUGGUCAACAAGCCAGUAUUAGCACAUAAUGCAAUACUCGCAUCUAACAAUCAAAUGAAGACCUCGUACGGACAAGAGACGAAUGAUGUGAAAGUGAACUCGCCGCCGUGCCACUCGCCCGGCGCCAUACUGCCCGACCUGCCGCAACCCGCUGAAGAUCCUGAAAAGAACUCUGGUCUGUCCAAAGAAGCGAGCUCCUCGGAGACGCAGGCGUGGUUGGCGAGACAUCGCUUCUCCCACCACGCUGCCACAUUCACCAACUUCUCGGGAGCUGAUCUGCUCAGGCUGACCCGUGACGAUAUAAUCCAGAUUUGCGGACUCCCUGACGGUAUCCGUCUGUUCAACGCGCUGCAUGCCAAACGCAUCUUGCCCCGCCUGACGGUGUACGUAUGCCCGGCCGGCAGUAACAUAUACAGCGCCCUCUACCUGCACGCCUGCAGAGCCCACGAGCUCUUGCAGAAGUUGAACUCGCUCGUGCAUGCUUCUAAGGAGUGUGAAACCGUACUAGUUUCGGGGCCGAACGGGGCCCGUGUCCGUCUCACAGACGACCUGGUUCGUCACAUGCCGGACAAUUCGUUCUACCGUCUAGAAAGAGUUGACGACUGCAGCGCUCUACUCCUCUGCGCUACCAACAACAACUAA